AUGAAGUCUGUUCAGAUCCUCUCCGUCUUUGGCCUUGUCGCCGCCGCCAACGCAUUCAACCAGAUGCCUCGCCAAGUCAACUACAAUGCCACUGUUACCACCGAGGUCGUGACCGCCAUCACCACCUUCUGCCCAGAGGCUACCACCAUUGUCCAAAACGGCGUAACCUACACUGCCACCGCGUCGGAGACCCUCACCAUCACCGACUGCCCUUGCACCUUGACCAAGCCAGUCGCCAAGCCAACCACCGUCCCAGUCGUUGCAGCCCCCACCGGUGGCAUUCCUCCAGUUGUCGGCAACGUUAGCUACGUUACCACCUCUGUUACUGCUUACACCACUGUCUGCCCUGCUGCUACCACUCUUGUCCAAGGCAACCAGACAUACACUGCCACCGCGUCGCAGACCCUCACCAUCACCAACUGCCCAUGCACUGUAUCAUACCCCGUUAGCUCUGUUUCCACCAGCUACCUGACCACCUACUGCCCAUCUUCCACUACCGUGGUUGUCGGAUCGUCGACCUACAGCUUGACAUCUGGCACCACCACCAUCCCAGUCGAGACCACAGUUGCAGGUACCCCACCUACCCCAGCUGUCGUUGCUGUCGGUAGCACCACUGCAGCCGUCGGUAGCACCACUGCGCCAUCCGCCGCCGCCACCACCACUGGCCCAAUCCAGGCCAACAACGGUGCCAAGGUCGGAUCAGGUCUCGGUGCUCUCGCCGUUGCUGGUCUCGCCAUGGUCUUGUAA